GCCGUGGACGGUGGGCUGUGUGCGGAGCGGAGGAGGACGAAGAGAAGGGCGGGCGGGGCUCCCCGAGAGGCCAAGACUGGACGCAGCACCCACAGCCCGGGGCCUCCCCCUGUUGUUCGCGGGUCCCCGGGGAGGGCGCGGCUGGCCCUGGCGGGCGGUUUCACCUUCCCCCGGGCGGCUCGGGUUCCCAGAUCCGCUUACGCCCGGCUCCGCUAUCGCGGGCCUCGGGGCAGGAGGCUCAAGAUCCGGCGGACCCCGCGCACCAUGGACAGUGCUGCGCCCCGCGAGCCAGAGGCCACCGAGCCCCCCGCCCGCGCGCGUCCGCGCCUGGUGUUCCGCACGCAGCUGGCGCACGGCAGCCCUACCGGCAGGAUCGAGGGCUUCACCAAUGUCCGAGAACUCUACGCCAAGAUCGCCGAGGCCUUCGGCAUCGCGCCUACCGAGAUCCUGUUCUGCACCCUCAACAGUCACAAGGUGGAUAUGCAGAAGUUGCUGGGGGGACAGAUUGGGCUGGAAGACUUCAUCUUUGCACACGUACGUGGAGAGACCAAAGAAGUGGAGGUCACCAAAACAGAGGACGCUCUAGGACUGACCAUCACAGACAACGGCGCUGGAUACGCCUUCAUCAAGAGAAUCAAGGAGGGCAGCAUUAUCAACAGGAUUGAGGCAGUGUGCGUGGGGGAUAGCAUUGAGGCCAUCAAUGACCACUCUAUUGUGGGCUGCCGGCACUAUGAGGUGGCCAAAAUGCUACGGGAGCUGCCCAAGUCUCAGCCCUUCACCCUACGUCUAGUGCAGCCCCGGAGAGCCUUUGAUAUGAUUGGCCAGAGGAGCAGGAGCAGUAAGAGUCCUGUGGAAGCUAAAGUGAGCAGCGGGAGGGAGACCCUGCGCCUGCGCUCAGGGGGCGCUGCUACUGUGGAGGAGGCGCCCAGCGAUGUGGAAGCAGCAGCGGCGCGCAGGGUGGAUGACCUGCUGGAGAGCUACAUGGGAAUCCGAGACCCUGAGCUGGGUAAGCGGCGCGGCAGCCGCGGUGGUGGAAACUGCUCGGAGCUCGGCGGGAGCCCAGGCCUUCGCACGCGGCCUGGACGCCGUUCUGGGAGAGUUCGCCUUUCCAGACGAGUUCGUGGUGGAGGUGUGGGCAGCCAUCGGCGAGGCCCACGACGCUUGUGGCUAGCGUGUGUGGGAGUCUCCAGUCCAGGGCCCAGCCCCCUGCCCCAGCGCCACUCCAGAACCCAGGACAGCCCUGAGACACGGCCCGCCACCAGAACCCGACCCAGUUCUGAGACCCAGGCCCACCUUGAGACUCAGCCUGGUUCUAGCACCCAGUUCAGCUCUAAGACCCAGCAGAAACCCCAUCCCUGUUCUGGAACCCAGGUUAGUCCCAAGGCCGAGUACAGCUCUAGAACUAAUAUUGAAGUCUGGCCCAGCUCUAGAACCCCAUCCAGUUCUUUGACUCAGGCCCACUCUGAGGCUCAGCUUGGUUCUAGCACCCACUCAGAAUUCCAGCCUGGUUCUGGAACCCAGGUUAGCCCCAAGGCCAGGUCCUGCUCUAGAACCAAAAUUGAUGUCUUGCCCAGCUCCAGAACCCAAUCCAGUUCUGUGAUCCAGGCCCAUCCCAAGGCCCGGCCUGAUUCUAGCACCCAGCUCAGCUCCGAGACCCAGUUGGAACCCCUGGACAGUCUUGAACUCCAGUUCUGCUCUAAAACCAAAAUUGAAGCCCAGGAUAGCUCUAGAACCCGACCCAGUUCUGUGACCCAGGCCCACCCCAAGGCUCAGCUUGAUUCUGUAACCCUGGUUGUCUCUGAAGUCCAGCCAGCCUUUAGAUCCCAGCCUAGUCCUGGGGUACAGUCUGACUCCAGAACACAGGUCAGCCCCAAGGCUCAGGCUGGCUUAGGAUCCCAGAGCAGCCCCAGGCCUGAGCCCUGUUCUAAAACUCAUCUUGAAUCUGACUGCCAACCUAUCCCUAGAACCGAGGCUGGUUCUGAGGUCCAGCCAGGCUCUGAGUCCACACCCCAUUCUGGAGCCCAGGGAAAUUCUGAAACCCACACCCAACUCAGACCCCAAGCCAGCCCUCGGGUCAACUUCUGUUCAGAGACCAAGUCCACCUCUAGAACACAGUCAGGCUUUGUGGGUGAGCUUGCUUUUAGAACACAGACUCCCCCAGAUAGGAACCCAUGCUCUAGAGCCCAGUCAGACACUGGGACCAACCCUGAUGCUGCAGCUCAGGUCAUGGCUGACCCUCAGCCUUCCAGAAUACAGUCAAGCCCUGUCCCACAGCCACACAUGGGAACCCAGACAAACGUUAGGAGACAGCUGGGCUCAGAGCGCCACCCCAACUGCCAGUCUCAGAAGCCAGGUUCUGAGAGCCAACCCAAGUAUGAGACACCUGCUGCCACCAUGGCCUGGCUCUUCCCUUCAGGAGGAAUGGUUAGCUUGGGACCCCAACCAAGGUCCAGCAAGCCACUGACUGAUGGAACCCAAGCAGGCUCGAGUAGCCAGCCAUCUUCCACACCUCUGCCUAGUGCAGGAGCCCAGAGCCAUACUGCUCCCCGGUCCAAACUCAAACCUCAGCCCUGCUCCCCAGCACAGCUGCCUGCCAGUGCCUCCCAACGCCCUGCACCCCAGGCUAGCUCAGGUGAUGAGUCUGACUCUGAGGCCCAGCCAGGGGGCAGGAGUAGGACAGCAGAGCCCCACUCCCAAAUGCCGUGCACUCCUGAAACGAGGCCCAGCUCCGAGAUGUCUCCAAGUUCCGACCCCACCCCACCCAGAAGAUGGUGUUUGGGCUCCAGGGCACAGUCCGACUCUGGGACCCAGACCGACUUCCAGGCCUGGCUUAGCUCUGGAGCUCACGAGGGCUGGGCCAAACAUGGAAGGUCUCAGCUACAGUCAUUGGCGGAGAAAGAGCCCAGCUCCAGGUCCCUCUCUAGUUCUGGAAGCAGAAAACAGCACCUGGUGACAGCUGGAGCCAGUUGUGUCCCCCAGCAAGACACAGGACAGUGGCUUGGCUCUGCACCCCACUCGGCCUCGAGAACCCAAUUCAGUCCUCAGUUUCCACCACACGCUGGAGCCCAGCCCAGCGCUGCGAAGGAUUCCAGUUCCAGAACCUGGCCAGGCCCCAACCCCGGCUCCAGCCCCGGCUCCAGCCCCAGCCCUGGCCCCUGGCCCAGCCCCGGCCCAGGUCCCAGCUCCAGCCCCGGCCCCUGCCCUGGCAGUUCUGGAAGUCAGCCCAACACAGAAGCCCGCCCCCUCAGCUCUAGAGGCAGUCGCCACCCACAGACCCCUGGCCUUCAGCCUAUAAAGGAGCCUGAGCCCCUGCCUCCACCUAAGUCUCCAAGCCCACCGACCCCCAGAGCCCCCACCCCUGCCCCGAGCAAGGUCGCCGGGCCUGGGCUUCAAGAUGGAACCCAGGCCACAGCGGGCCCCAGGUCAGGCCCCCUACUCUCCCUCCUGGGCCCUGGGUCACCGGUCCCAGACAUCUCCCAGAAGCCAGCCCUUUUUCCCAAGCCCCAGCUGGGAUGCCAGAAGCCCAGCCCCUCCACCAUAAGCGUCACUCCUAGCCCCUCCCCUGGGCCCCUCCCCCACCCUAGCCUGUGACCUGACUCAUCCCAGCAGGCAUACUGGAUGGUAGAAACUGAGGCUCGAAUCCCAAAGCCCCUGUAAGAAGGUCCAGCCACAGAAGGCACAGGGGUGGGAGGCUCCUUGGGGAAUAAAGGAGCCCUCACCUCCACAAA